AUGCGCAUUAUCAUUGUUGGCGCAGGCAUAGCAGGGCUCUCCCUUGCUAUUGCCCUCGCGCAGAACAAUCACAAAGUGUUAGUCCUUGACUCCGCAUCGCAGUUAGCCGAGAUAGGUGCGGGUGUCCAGAUGACCCCACAGGCUGUCAAGUACUUCUUUCGAUGGGGUCUCAAAGAAGAUAUAAUGGCGCAUUGUAUCAUGCCCGAGAAAAUAAAUAUCAAGGAUAAGGAUGGAAGCAUGCUAGGAGCGAUGCAGAUGGAUAAGAUGGAGAAGUUGUACGGUGCGCCGUACAUUGUUGUUCACAGAGCUGCACUACAUGAUAUCCUCCACCGCCAUGCUGUCCACGCCGGCGCCGAACUCCUGUUAGAUAAAAAGGUUAUUCGAUACGAAUUUGAGAAUGGCGCAGUCGAGGUAAAGAGUGGGAAGCGACUUGAGGCGGAUCUUGUUAUUGCCGCAGAUGGAAUUAACUCCUUUGCUCGCUCUCAGCUCCUGAUGUCUUCGGAUCCGGGAUCUCAGCCCACCGGAUGGGCGGCUCUGAGAAUGAUGGCCGAAGUGUCCAAGAUUCAACAGAAUCCCGCGACAGCAGAUCUGGUCAACCUCAAGUCGUACAAUUCUAACUUCUGGAUCGCACCGGAUAGGUCAUGCAUGACAUAUCUGAUCAAAGAUGCUUCGAUGCUGAACAUAGUCCUAUCCCACCGCGACGACAUUGACAUGUCCAAACUGAGCUACGAAGAUCACAAGAAAGUCGUAGACGAUCUCUUUGGCGACUUUGAACAGCCUGUUCAGCAACUCCUCAAUCUCGCACUUCCAAAUAUCGUGAAUUAUCCAGUUUACGCAGUCCCACCUCUUCCCCAUUGGACACAUUCAUCUGGUCGCUUCACACUACUCGGCGACGCUGCGCACGCUAUGGCAUUUUACAUGUCUAUGGGCGUGAGUCUCGCCGUUGAAGAUGCCGUUUCGCUAGCAACAAUCCUCAGCCUGACGUGUCCCGAUUCUAGAACGGUGCCAGAAGCAAAAAGUCUGAAAAAUGCACUAACCGUGUUUGAAGAGGUUCGGAAACGCAGAGCUGUAAAUGUGCAGAGAGCAAGUCUUCGGGCGGGUGAUUCAUUCCACGUGCCUGACGGCAAGGAGCGGGAAGCGAUGUAUGAGCUGAUGCGGCAUACAAACGAGGACUUCGAUGUAGCAAAAGAACCUCUUGAUUCCACCAGUCAAGAGCGCGAUGAGAUCAAUCGAGCGGUUGGUGGAAUUGGGAAUAAGAAGACUCGCGAUUGGUGUUAUGGUUAUGAUGCCGUUGGGGACGUGAUGGCUGCGUACCAGGCAAAGCUAGAGUAA